AUGUCCGCUCAGAACAAUGCAGUGGCGUCUCCCGCCGACGCAUUCGCCGACUACCUGCCGCAGCUUACUACAGCCCUCGACAGCCUCACGACCGAUGCUGCCGCUCUUCCUGGCAAGAGCGACCUGGACUUUCAGCGAACUAUGGACAGGUCAUUUGGCAAAGACCUUGACAAGGCCAGUCAAAGGGUGUUAAAUCUGACCGAAAGGGUGUUGGCGCUGGUGGACGAGAGUCAGAGGGCCGCUGCUGCUGGGGAGAAGAAGGGAAAGCCUGUCACGAGAAGAAGAAAGCUGGAAGACGAGGACGAUGUGAUUGACGGAUACAAGGGCUCUGUGCUUGGCGUUGUGGAUGGAUUACUCGAAGAUGCAGACACACAGAUGGAUGAGCUGCGCGGAAGCAAGGGCAAGACCAACAUUGCCAUAAAGCCUAGCAUUCUCGCCCAGGCAGGCAAGAAGCUCCCAGGCCCCUUUUCGAAACAAGUCGAGCGAUUGCCCCAAAACAUCAUCCACGCCGUUGGCCUCUCCAAACCUCAGCUCCUCUUUCCCGAUGCGCCCGACAACACGCGUACGGAUAUCCCAUGGGCGCCUACGCUUUCGAACAAGCCGCAUGCAAUGGUACCGCUGGGCGCAAAGGUCAAGUUGGACUACGAGUUGACGGCGGAGGAGGAGGAGGAUUCGGCCAAAGCUGCUGCGAGGCUGGAGAGAGAGCAAAAGGCCCGACACCAUCCUUACUAUUACGAGACGAAACAUCUCCCUUAUCCCACCUCCAUGUUUAUUCCUUCGCAACCGAUCCCUCCUAGACCUUUCGACUCGACGCCGUUCAUGUUUGUGGAUACACCCGAAAAGUAUCAGCAGAUGGUGGAGAAGCUAAAAGCGGCAAAGGAGAUUGCGGUGGAUCUGGAGCACCAUGAUAUGCGAAGCUAUGUUGGCUUUACAUGUUUGAUCCAGAUCUCGACCAGGGAUGAGGACUUUGUGGUGGACACUCUGUCGCUGAGGAAACAGAUUCGAGAUGACAAAUUCGGAGACGUCAUGACAGAUCCUUCAAUCAUCAAAGUCUUCCACGGUUCAGACAGUGAUGUCAUCUGGCUCGAACGCGACUUUGACAUCUAUCUCGUCAACCUCUUCGAUACCUACCACGCAUCCUUCACUCUCAACAUGCCCCAGCGAUCCCUGGCCGGACUCCUUCAGCUCUACUGCAACUUUGAAGCAGACAAGCGCUACCAACGUGCCGAUUGGCGUAUCAGGCCUUUGCCAGAGGACAUGCUCCAUUACGCGAGGUCGGAUACGCAUUAUCUGCUGUUUGUGUAUGACAAUCUGAGGAAUGCGCUUAUCGAAAAGUCGUCGAGGCCUCCAUCGCCUGUGGCUGGGGAAGAGUCGGUGACGCUUGCUAGCGCAAGGCCGAACCCGCAAGAGGCGAUUCGUAAAGUACUUGAACGUUCUGCGGAUACUGCUCUUCGCCUGUACGAGCGCGACACUUAUGAUGUCGAGGCUGGUAAGGGCACUGGAGGUUGGCUCAGUGCGGGAAAGAAGUGGUUGCCGAAAGGUGGGCUGGAUGAGGAAGUGGGAUGGGUUUGGAGGAGGAUGCAUGAUUGGAGAGAUGGCAUGGCGAGGGAGCUUGAUGAGAGUCCAUUCUACAUCAUGCCUCAAAACAUGCUUGCGCAGGUGUGUACCCAAGGCAAUCCUACAAACCUCGGCCGUAUCAUACGACCCGACCGUGCCCCCAUCGCCGCCCAAUACAUCCCCAACAUCGCUAGCAUCAUCACCUACGCCAAGAAAGAGUUCAAGGCCGUCGAAGAAGAAAGAAGGAGGCAGGAGAAGGAAGAGAUGUUUGCCGACGGAGGGAUCGUCAUUCCCGAGCAGAAGGCGGACAAGGCGCACAAGCAGCAGGCACAGGCGAAGAAGAGGAUUGCCGUCCCGGCAGUACCAGCCGUUCCGUCGGCACCCGCCACUGCUGGGAACAUGUGGAGUUUCGGUCAGCAGAGUACACCGUCAAAGCCGGUUGUCAAGACUCAAGCCAAGUCUGGUCUUUUCGGCUCGACUAUUAAAUCCACACCUAACUUUACUCCCAGCUCGAAUUCGAGUCUCAACAAGACCAAGCCCACCUCUGGCUUGUUUGGCAAAACCCUUCCUCGCGCACCGGCGGCUCAGGCCCAGCCUGCAAGCGGUUCCUCGACCUCUGCAAGAGAGCAAAAAGAGCUGUCGCCGGGCUUCUUGAAGGUCAUGGAUGCCAUGCGAGUGGAGAUGGCGCCGAAGCAGAUUCUAAAGAGGGGCGAAGAAGAAGCGGGAUCUGGGACGUUGAGGCCCGAGUCUGUGCCCUUCGUGCCGGCAGGACAGAGGAAAACAGCGCCUGCUUCUGGCGCGGUGUCUUCUUCCGCGAAGCCUGCGCCCGCUCCGGCGCCUCAGAAGGCUACUCCGUCAGCAGCCGGUCCCGCGUCCAAGCUCUCUGCUCCCGCCCCCGGGGACGGUGUCGUGCAGGUAAAAAAGUCGAAAAAGCAGCCGCAAAAGAAACGCGAAGCCAGCGUCGGCGUUGACAGCGACGGGAGCAAGAAGACAAAGCUGAACAAUGGUGAUGGGGCUUCUACGAGCACGACAGCCACGCCUGACGCCUCUCCUUCUGGUACACCCGCUGUCGCUCCCAAGUCGGAGAAGGCAAAGGGCAAGAAGAAGGAAAAGGUCAAGCCGGAAAACAUCCCCGACUUUGACUACUCUACCCAGCCCAACCUUCUGGAUCAGCCACAGUCGGCUAGCAGCGGGGCGGACGCAAAGAAGAAGAAGAAGAAGAAUGUGAAGCAAGCGCCGAAGCCUGGAGCUUUCACUGGUGUGGAAGUUCCGACUUUCGGGGCUAGACCUGCAAGGGAUAUGAGCCAACCCAAGGGAGGCAACAAGGCGGGGACGUUCACGGGCUAG